CCAUCACUAUUAUUAAAAUAAGAUACGAACGUGAGAGAGCGUUUUCAUACCGCUUUAUUGAUUUUGUAUGUAUUGAGUUAGAAACAAAAACUGUGUAAAAUUUAAUGGACUACAUUACUGUUUCUACGAGUUAACUAUAUCUUUUACACUAUUUUACAUUAAUAUGAAACUUGUUAAACGAUUUGGUACGUUGCGACCGUGACCCUCAAAUUAGGUUGACUACGUUUUGUAAGAAUUCCUCAGAUUACAAGAAAAUACUAAAUGAUACGGGAAUUUAAUGACUCUUCAGAUGAAGAUGAAAUGGAAAAUCACUACCAGACAGACCCGGAAUGUCUAGUGCUCACCAGACCGGAUCGUGAUAUGCAUAACCGUUGCUGCGGUGGCAAAGCUUGGUGCAUAAAGGAUAUCUGUGGAAUAAUAUGCGCAGUUUUGACAUGGUUGUUGAUAUUGUAUGCGGAGUUUGUGGUGAUGAUGGUAAUGCUACUUCCAGGGGUGUCAACUUAUCCCUUCUACAGCUAUGCAAAUAUUAUAUUAUUCCAGACUUUAGCAUUCUUGGCUUUUGCAUCUCAUCUUAGAACAAUGUUCACUGAUCCGGGUGCGGUACCAAAAGGUAAUGCGACAAAAGAAAUGAUAAAGCAAAUGAGUUUUCGUGAAGGGCAAGUGAUAUUUAAAUGCACAAAGUGUUGCAGUAUAAAACCAGAAAGAGCUCAUCACUGCUCAGUUUGUCAAAGAUGUAUAAGGAAGAUGGACCAUCAUUGCCCAUGGGUGAAUAACUGUGUAGGUGAAAACAAUCAAAAGUAUUUCGUAUUAUUCACGUUCUACAUAGCUGCGAUAUCAAUUCACUCGCUUACUCUCUCCGUAUAUCAAUUCGUGACAUGUAUUAGACACGAGUGGCGUGAUUGCAGUACAUAUUCCCCACCGGCUACGGUUGUACUUUUACUGUUUCUGAUCGCUGAAGCUCUACUGUUCGCUAUAUUUACCGCUGUCAUGCUCGGAACUCAGUUACACGCUAUAUGGAAUGAUGAGACUGGUAUUGAGCAAUUGAAGAAAGAACAAGCAAGAUGGGUUCGUAAGUCAAGAUGGAUGAGCAUACAGGCUGUUUUUGGUAGAUUUUCACUUCUAUGGUUUUCACCGUUCACUCAACCUUCGGUCAAGACGAAACUUGAAAGUUACUUAUACAGUGUGUAAAGCUCGAAGAAAAAAAAAACGCAAGUAAAAAUCGUUUAAUCUAUAAGUGUUUCGAUAAUUUACGGAAUUAGUGAUGUGUGGAUCUCUCACUAUUAUUAUUAAUAAACUAAAGCAAUAUUUACUCCAUUUUAAAAUGUAUUA